CUGACCAUGAAUCAAACGCUCUGCGGCGACUAAUGGCCGGCUCUCCUUGUUCUCCAUCACGAUCACGUGAGCCACCAAGAAUCAGCAGUAGCAUUGUGAGUGCUGCCGUAUCACCAGGAAAGAACGAUGUAUUUCAGGAUGCUGUAGAGGAGCAGAUUCAGGGUCCUGCAGAGGGUGACAAACCAAAGGUUCCGACAGAGGCUAUUCUUUCUAGCAUGCACAACAUCAUUCGGGGUCAUUACAACGAAAACAACAAGGGAUAUGCUUACGUUUACCGGGACAGUAAGGAUGAAUGUCAGCGCUUCAAGAUUGGAUCGACGGAUCGGCCAGAAGACCGCAAAAAAGAGCUCGACAAGCAAUGCAAACUCAAGGGCUGGGAAUUGGUACAGGAUCCUAAAAUGCCUAUUUGGGAGUAUAAACGACUCGAAAGGCUCGCCCACAGUGAGCUGACGAACUUCAGAUGUGAUACUAUAUGCCCCGGUGAUGGUAUGAAACAUCGGGAGUACUUUUAUGGCUCAAACUCUACUGCCUCUGAGGUCUUAGGACGCUGGUCGCGGUGGCUAGUAGAUCACGAGCCAUAUGACAAGAAGAGCGAGCUGAAGCCUUUCUGGUCCGAUCGCCUUGAAUGUUUCAUGGCUAACAAAAUGGCCUCGUUCUAUUUUAACUGCAGGAAGGGUACAUGCUCACGGAGAGAUUCCACUCCCGUUGCUUGCCAGGAAUGUCUUCAGAUAGGAUGGAAAGUGUGGACAGAACCAACGACGUUAGACAAGGCUAGGUACUACUGUCCUUAUUAUGCCAAGGCCGUAUGGGAGCGCACACCCACACUGUCAACCUGUUUUCUCCUUAUCUUGUGGGGCAGAUUGAUUGCGCCGAUGAUCCUUGCUCUUUUGCAUAGUUCCGAACGUCGUGGAGGGUUAAUCGUGACUGACAUUAUUAUAUGCAUAUGCGCCCUCUUCUGUCACCUUUCCCAAAACAAGGCACCACAGGGCGAAUUUAAGACGAAGCACACCGGUAAGAGAGCUACGUCAGCUGCGGGACAAUCCGAUAUAUCUCCAGGGGUGUACUCAACCAGACAUGGCCAAGAAGAUACUCCUGCAAAAAAGAGAAGGCGAUCAUAGCAAUUUCGAACGAUUCGGGAACCCCGGUCUGUCGCUGCACCAAAGAAAACAAAGCCAUAUUGGCGCAUAUGGAGUGUUUUCGGUCAGCACAUCCUGUCAUGCCAUGGAAAACUAGCAGCAGCUCGAGAUCGCUCCGGUCAAUAACAGGGCAAGUCGGAAAACAAGGUCCGUUCCUCUUCGUAAUGUAAUAGGCACGAUGUUGUAUAUGGUGAUCUACGCGACACACCACUAUCAUCGGCGUGGAUAUGCUCCAUCCAUCGUUGCAGCGACUGUUCUAAACGAAACUAGGUUGUCAGACGAACACUGGGCGACAAUCAUUGCGGGCUGGUGUGUAGUCCCGAGGUUAUGCUGGGAUACCCACCCGCGAUGAUGUCAAUAGGGAUUCCCGGCCC